AUGGAAUCACCGCUCCUACGAGCCGGUGUUGCAGCAGUCCAAGAAGCUUUGGGGACUAUCGUAAAGAAGGAAGACCCUGGGGCAAAGAUGGAGACUGAUGAGGGCAAUGUCAAAAGGGAACCAGUCAAAACUGAGGUCAAGACAGAGCAGGAGUGCCCAGCGACCAAAAAACGGAAAACCGAGUGGCAGAAUGGAUUGAAGAACAUGCCGGGAGACACACGGUUCGCCAAGGACGUUCUCUCCUACCUGGGUAUGUUUGUGGAACCGGCAGGCUGCAAAGGCAACCACGGAAAAGCUCCAGAAUUUCUGGAAGAUGCCAUGAAACAUGAGAAAAAAAUGGAGCUAGCACCUGAUGUUGGCAAACUUGUCAGGGGUGAGAUGCAGCAUUUGAAUGUGCACGUGCCCCUCUCUGCGAUUUGCCUGGUGAAGCCUGACGACAUGCCUUGCGUAGAGGAUGCUAAGGAGAAGAACGAGGAAGAGCUGUUGUCAGAACUUGUCAACAAGUACAAUAGCUACAAGGCCAACAGCGCAUUGAAACGUUGGCAAAUUUCCGCUGACCAGUACCAGGCAAUCUGGGCAAUCAUUAUCGGUAUGGAUGAGACAAGCAGAAGUCUGCUCAGAGCUCACCUAGACCACAACAAGUGGGAAGAGAGUGGUUACAGUGAGUCGCUGCUUCGUCUGAAGAGGCAUAUGCUCAACAAUGCGCCCAAAGGAUUGAUUCCCUUCUGGGAGAAGUUGCUGACGGUCACACCAGCUGUGCAGCAUCUCCACUUCCAGAAGUACAACAAGUGGUGGAGCGUAAACUCCAGGAAGGUGAAGAAGACUGUCAGAAACAGGAUCCGGUGGAAUGAAGAGCAGUGGACAUCCAAUGUGAACCACUGUGCAGUUUUCGAGUUUGUCGUGCGACAGUGCCGUGAUGAUCCCCAUGUCACCGAAGAGGUGUAUGAAAACAUGAAGACUGGUUUUUUGAACGGGGACUACUCCCAGGAUCUUGAUGCCAUCCUGGUCGCACGACCAGCCAAGUUCACAGCAGAAAUGACGGCAAUGUGGCAGGACCAUGUUGGUCGUGCAUUAAUUCACCCUGGAGGAAAGACAGCAGGUGCAGAGGAGACAUCCACCGCUGUGGAUGAAGCCGAGGUCCUACACAUGAGAGAUCAAAUCCAAGCAGGGCUGGGAGUUGCUGACAACUUCAUGGAACGACGCAUGUUGAUGGUUUGUGCUGACAAGAACCUGAGCCAGAGUUUCGGGGGUCUCACGAGGCGAGCCUUGACAGAUGCUGGCCAACGCUUUGACAAUGCAGAUGUGAGCAAGACCCACUAUCUUGGAUUCAUUGAUUUGACCAAGUACGGGCGUUUGUCAGCUAUUACUGUGAACGAAGUUGCAAAUUGGUGCAAAACCUUGCUGAACCAGAAUGCAAAUUACAGCAUGGUCUUCAUUUGUGCGCCAGUUCUGGCUGGAGAUGGUGUCAUCAAUGGCCUUCGCGGAGAAAUGAGGACGUUUCCGCGAGCACUGCCUGGCUAUUUGGUAGUGCUUGACACCACACUUGGAGCGCGUCAGGGAACGUUGUACAAAGCUCCUCGCAAUGCCGAGAGCAUUCUCGAAGCUUGCUUGUCCAGAGUCAGCACGCUUAAAGGGCAAGCGCUGCUGAUUCAGCACUUGACCAUGUACGAUGGAGUCUUUGAGAAGGUGCUCCUUGACAUGAUGAACGAGCUUCAACAAGAAUGCCACAUCGCAGGCUUCAGCGAAACAACAAACAAUGCCAUCUUUCAGUAUGCCCUCACUGGGGUGAAGGACAAGCUGGUGGAGGAGUGGAAAGAGGGCCGCGGGUUGAUGGGCUUCAUGGCUCCAAAAUUUCAGCCAGAACCUGACCUUUGCUCCCUCUCAGAACCGCGUCAGCCACAGCUGAAACUUUGCACCAUGGAAGCUGACGGCACUUUGAUCAUUCCACGACAAGUACACCCGGAUUGGCGAGUGCGCUUGAAGAACUUUGACUCCGUCUUCGUGCCUUCAGAGUCACCAGACCCACGGCCAAGUGAUGCAGAUGUCGACUUGGCCACAGAGACCGUGCGAGAGACUGUGGAAACGACGGCGUGCCCAGAACCAUCCAAGAUGACAGAGGCUGAAUUUAAGGAGAACUUCAGCAAUGUGGAUGCAACCAUCACGUUGACCUUUGGUGUGGCCUUGACUGUGACUUGCUAUGUGGUCGGGACCCAGGCGCAAGAAUUCUUGGGAAAACCGGCCAAUGAGAACAAAGCUGUGGAAUUCCGCUUGGAGUCAGGAGACUCCAUGGAAUCUACAAGCCAAGGACCUGCAGACUCUGCGCCAAUGAGUUUGUAUCAAAUGAUUCAUUCAUUUGAAAAGAGGGGGGUGCUCGAUCUGUCCGUGACCGGCCACACGGUGGAUAGGCCCGCUUCUGUGAAGAGAGGAGAGGAGCCCGACAGGAUUGAAGUCCAGCAUGAAGCCUUCAGCGUGUUCCGUCCCAACGCUGUAACGGCACGUGCUUGCAAGGGAACAAACGUUGCAGGCUUUUUGGGGUACAAGCCCCUGGAAGCCAGCAAUUGUCUUCAGCUUGUCUGGAGAAACUAA